AUGCUUACUAUCGAUGUUUACCAUGGUGGAAACUUUGACCGUAAGCCAUUAGUGUACUUUAAUCCUUUGAAAAAAUCUGUUACGGGAGUUGAUUUCAAAAACAUGGGGUUUAAAGAGUUCAUCUUACAGCUUCGAAAAUUAACCAAGGAAAGGUGCAUUGAUGUAUAUUAUUGUCUUCAAAAUCGGUUUGUGGUAGAUGGAUUGAGAGAACUAAGAGAUGAUAAUGACUAUGUAAGGUUUCUUGAUGCUAGGUAUGCCAAUGAUUGUAAAAUCAAUGUAUACAUUGAUGAAUAUCAAGAGCCAGUCAUGGAGUGGAUUGACGAAGAAAAAGAUGAAGAAGGGGACACAGAAAGUGAUGAAUAUGAGGAUGAUGUAGACUCAGUCAUGUCAGAUGAUAUAUCAAUGGACCAUGAACUUGAUGAUGAAGUUAUUCCAUUAAAGAAAUCUACAUAUCCAUUUCUGGCCCAUACAAAUGUUAUUCCAAAGGGAGGGGUUAAUGAUGAAGAUAGUGGCAGCACAGAUGAAGUUUACUUUCCUGUUCAUGAUCCUAACCAACAAUGGGACACAAUGAAACCUGUCUUAGGUAUGAAAUUUUGUGAUCGUUAUGAAGUUAAGCAAAUGAUUACCAAUUAUGCUGUUUCUAAUGGUUACAAUUUGUGGUAUGAAAAAAAUGAUGCAAGUAGAUUAUUAGUUAGGUGCAGUAAAGCUGAAGGAAAGGCAUGUUGCCCUUUUAGAUUAGCUAUAAAUCUGGGGUCAAUUUUCACAUUGAGGUGGAUUGGAAAAAUGUUAAUUCGGAAUAUAUUGGAACAACCCAGGCUUAGUUACAGGAAAAUGAAAGUGUUGGUGAAGACUAAUUUUGGUCUUAAUGUGAGUGUCGGGCAAUGUAGAAAUGCUAGAAGGUUUGCAUUGGAUGAAAUUGAGGGAAGUUUGGUGGGACACUAUGAAAAGCUAUGGAACUAUGGUGCUGAGUUGUUGAGGGCUAAUCCGGGUUCAAUAGUCCAAAUAGAUGUGGAUACUAUGCCUGAUUCUACAGUGUACUUUUCGAAGAUGUAUGUUUGCUUGAAGGGUGUCAAAGAUGGCUGGAUUGAAGGGUGUAGGAGGGUGAUUGGUAUUGACGGAUAUUUUCUGAAGGGUAUUUGUAGAGGUGAGGUAUUAGCAGUUGUUGGUAGGGACUCCAACAAUCAAAUAUGUCCCCUGGCAUGGGCUGUAGUUGCAGUUGAAAACAAGCAAACUUGGAAGUGGUUCUUAGAUCUACUACCGGAUGACUUUGAGAUGGGAGAUGGGACAAGGUUAACAAUCAUUUCUUACCAGCAUAAGGGUCCAGUUGAGGCUGUAAAGGAGAGAGCACCAGAAAGUGAGCAUAGGCAAUGUGCUAGGCACAUCUAUGCCACCUUUAAGAAAAAGUUUACGGGUGUUGAGUUUAAGAGGCUUUUUUGGAUUGCAGCGAAGUCUACAACACAAAAAACAUUUGAAGCUACAAUGAGGGAAAUUAGGCAACUUAGCAUAAAUGCUUAUGACCACUUGAUGGAAAAAGAUCCAAGCACAUGGUGUAGGACAUUUUUUGGAAGAUAG